CUCAGCAGCAGCAGAAACAGGAGGAGGAGUUUAACAACUUCAAACGUGAAAAAAUAAUGUAGUUGUUGUACAGACAAACCAAACCCGACUUUAGACCACAGGUGUUUCUGCUCGUGUCUGGUUGUAAUGGCGGAAGUGAGUCAAGCCGUUAUCAGCGUUGUCCCUGAUGAUGAAGGCAAAGAGAAGUUCAAGAAGAGCCACCACGUGGCUUUUUACAGGCGACAGAUUCAGGGGCCAAACUUGCAGCACCGGGCCCUUUUGGAAACGCUGGUGCUCACGGAGAAGGGGGCACGUUUGGAGCUGUUGGAAACAGCCACACAGGCCAGGCUGCUUCUUUCUUUGUCACCUUUCAAAUGUGACACUGUGAGGAUAUUAAUAGAUGAACUCCAGCCCAUUAAAGCACGAUACCGAGUUCCAGAUGUGAUGACCGAGGAGCCGCCAUGUGAACAGUUGAGAGUGGAGACGCAGACUAAGGACUCUGUCACCCUCUCUUGGUCUUCGGGACGUCACCGGGUACAUGUGUGCCGUUUCCCUUUCCGUCUGGAGAUCCUGUGUGAGAACGAAGUGAUGCUCACAUUCAACUCUAAAAGCAAACUGUGGUUUGAAAGGCUGGAAGAUCCACCUACCAGCGAGCUUCCAGGCGACCACACGUUGUGGAAGGAGACAUUCAGACAGUUUGUGGAUGUCAAAGCUAACGGUCCCAGCAGCAUCGGAGCAGACCUCUGCCUUCAUGGAUUCAGCCAUGUUUACGGUCUACCAGAACACUCUGACAACCUGCAGCUCAGAGACACGAGGGGUGGGGAACCGUACCGGCUUUACAACCUGGAUGUUUUCGCCUACGACUUGCACAGUCGCCUCGGCCUGUACGGAUCCGUGCCGCUGGUGGUGGCCCACAAGCCGGACAGGACUCUGGGAGUGUUCUGGCUGAACGCAUCAGAGACUUUUGUAAACGUAGAGUACUCCACCACCGACCAUCAGGACGACCAGACCCCCCCGGUUAAAAAGAGGAGGGUGCAGCCUCAGACCGACGUCCGCUGGCUGUCGGAGAGCGGUGUGAUCGACUGCAUGGUUCUUCUGGGGCCCAGUCCACGGCAGCUCUUCAGCCAGUACGCUCAGCUGACAGGAUACCAGGCCCUGCCCCCUCUCUUUGCCCUCGGGUACCACCAGUGUCGCUGGAACUACGACGACGAGGCCGACGUGAAGGCCGUGGACGCCGGGUUCGACCUCCACCGCAUCCCUUACGACGUCAUCUGGCUGGACAUUGAGCACACGGACGGGAAGCGCUACUUCACCUGGGACCCCGUUCUGUUUCCCGAGCCGGCAAACCUGCAGCGCCACCUAGAGAAGAAGAAGAGGAAGCUGGUCGUCAUAAGUGAUCCUCACAUUAAGGCCGAUCCUGAGUGGUCCCUCUAUCGUGAGGCCAGAGACGGAGGACACUUUGUUAAAGACAGAGAAGGACAGAUCUACCGGGGCUCAUGCUGGCCUGGUGAGUCCUCUUACCUUGACUUCAGCAACCCAGCGACUCGAGCGUGGUACUCCAGAUGCUUCAUGUUGGAUAAAUACAAGGGGUCGACGUCGUCCCUGUUUGUGUGGAACGACAUGAACGAACCGUCCGUAUUCGACGGACCGGAGCAGACGAUGCCGAAGGACGCAGUGCAUUAUGGGGGAUGGGAACACCGGGAUUUACACAACCUGUACGGCUUUCACCAGCACAUGGCCACAGUGGAGGGUCUGAUAACUCGAUCAGGUGGCUCACAGAGACCUUUUGUGCUGUCACGCUCUUUCUUUGCUGGAUCGCAGAGACUUGGAGCCAUAUGGACGGGUGACAACGUCGCCACCUGGGAUUAUCUGAAGAUGUCGAUCCCAAUGCUUUUGUCUCUUAGCUUGGCAGGCAUAGCGUUCUGUGGAGCUGACGUCGGUGGGUUCGUCCAGGACCCGGAGCCCGAGUUGUUGGUGCGCUGGUACCAGGCGGGCGCCCUGCAGCCGUUUUUCCGAGGCCACUCGGCGAAGGAGACGAGGCGCCGGGAGCCCUGGCUUUUUGGAGAAGAGGUCACGGCUGCGAUCCGCACCGUGAUCCAACAAAGGUACUGCUUGCUGCCGUAUUGGUACACCCUGUUUCACCAGGCUCACACCUCUGGAUGUCCUCCACUCAGACCUCUGUGGGUGGAGUUCCCUGCAGAGCAGAGCACCUUCUCUGUGGACAACCAGUACAUGAUCGGAGGAGCCUUGUUGGCCUGUCCUGUAACUGAACCAGGUGUUAAAGAAAUCAAAGUCCUACUCCCUGGAUGUGAAGAGGUUUGGUAUGACAUCCAUUCUUCAAAGGCCCACAGAGGAGGGGGGGCUCUGAGUCUUCCCGUCACCCUGGACACAGUUCCUGUGUUCCAGCGCGGCGGCUCAGUGCUGUGCAGAUCAGAAGGAAGUGGUUCUUGUACAGCUGACGUCCAGCAGCUCCCCCUCUCCGUCACCGUGGCUUUAAGCUCCCAGGCCGUAGCUGAAGGCGAGUUGUACCUGGACGACGGUCACUCCUUCAGAUACAGAGACGGACAGAUGUUCUGUCUGCGCAGGUUCAGCAUGAGGUCAGGUCGUCUGCUCUGCCGUUCUGCUAACGAAGAAGGAACAUUUGACUGUGGGACCAUCAUACAGUCGGUCACCAUCCUGGGGCUGAAGAGCAAACCGUCCACUGUGGUUGUCCACGUGUCAGGUGUUACUGACACUGCAGCUGCGUUUCAGUUCUCAGAGACCAGCUCCAAGCUGACGGUCCACGGCCUGAACCUCAGAGUGGCAGCGGACUGGGAGAUCCAGAUAGGUUAACUGAGACUACGGAGAGUUCUGUGAUUUUUACUAAAUGAUGACUUGUGCCAAAGCUUCACGUUUAAAUUCUGAGCCCUGAAUCCGUCCACACGCUUGUGUUUCUCAGAGCAAGUCUGAACAAACCAGACACAUCAUCAGCUGUGAGCAGCAAGAUUAUUUUAAUAAACACUUUCUAAACAAUA